AUUUAUUUUAACAUUGAUAGACUUCUAUCUUGCAACAGUGGAUUGAAGAUUUUUUGCAUAUGGAUACCAAGUCUGCAGAGUGGAGAGACAUAGAAACUAUAGGAUCGAGGCAAGCAUUGAGGAUUGCAACAGAGUUCCCCCAUAUGACUGUUCGUUUCGCUGCUUUUGCAUAUACUGAGUACAUUUUGGAGUUGCGCGAGGAUGCGUCACUCAAGGACCUAGAUCUUGUCUAUUUUGAGAUCUGGAGACUUGUCAUUAGGGAUAAGAAAAAUUACAUGGAUGCCGUAAAGGAAGUAUAUGGAAUGGACAAGUUCCAUAUACACAAACGGGUAAUGGAUGCUGAACUGAAUUCGUCUCCCGCCUUCUGGACAAUGAAACAAAGGGCAAGUUGUUCUCUUAAUUAUUUUUGGGCUGUUAUGCAAUUUUAUAACCAUCUCCUGUGA